AUGUUCCUGGCAGGACUCUUCGGCUGGAAUGACUCAGACAAUACUGCAGCGAAAUUGGCACCAAGGAGUAGUGCAGAGAUGGUUACAGAGACUUUGAUGUUAGAACUAGGAUCCCAUCUCAAACGCGCAGAGAAACAGCAACGGGAGCGUUUUAUUGAGUACCGUCGAGUGAGGAGCGGUGUGGACUAUACAUGGCUUGCUUCUGUUCCACGCCAAAGCUAUGAGAUCACCCCAGGUGACCAGCUGGAGCUUACAGACCUAUGCUGUAAAAUAAGCCCCUCGCAGUGUGGUCCUGCCAUUCUCAGGUUCCGUAGACUGAUGUUGGAGUUUGAGCCUGACGGAGCAGAGAUCCCACGUCUCUUCCGUUCGGUGCUGCAAGAUUUUGUGGCCCAAGAAGAGGAGCUGCGCAAGAAAAAAGAGGAUGUGCCCUGGGAAAAGCGUGGGAGGGCCAAGAGCUUGGCAACAUUCAGUUUUAAGCCUCCUCGUCUGCGUGUCAACCCCUUCCAACUAGAGGACACAUAUGGAUCAGAUACUGAAAGUGAGUUGGCAGGUGCUAGAAGAGCAAGGAGCAAAAGUAUGCCAGAAGUUAGCAUGACAAGGGAAGUACAUUGUGAUUGA